CUUUCCGCACGAGCUUCGGAAGAUGGCGCCUGGGAGGUGGGAGUUGCUGCUGUUUGUCCUGUCUCUUUCCCCAGGACUGACUGCGGCGCUGGAACUCUUUACAACCACCGCCUUCCUGGUGGGAGCGGCCUCUACGGCUUAUUAUUAUUAUUUAAACUGUCGCUUCCAGGAAUGCUGCACCAGGGCCUGGGUACCGCUGGAUGUGAAAGGAUUAGAAGCCUCUUUGAGGGAGCAGCUGUUUGGACAGCAUAUUGCAUUGGAUGUGAUUCCGAAGGCAAUCGAAGGUUUCUUGAGUAACAAGGAUGCAAGGAAGCCUCUCUCCCUUUCUCUACAUGGCUGGACUGGUACUGGCAAAAGCUUUGUCAGUAAAAUAAUAGCUGAAAGUCUUUAUAAAAAUGGAAUGGACAGUAAAUAUGUUCAUAAAUUUGUGACUUCUUACCACUUCCCCAAUGUUCAACAUACCAGCAAGUAUAUACAACAGUUGCAGGAAUGGAUUCGCGGGAAUGUUAGCCUGUGUGGGCGGUCCCUGUUUAUUUUUGAUGAGAUGGACAAAAUGAACCCUGAGCUCAUUGAUUCCAUUAAACCAUUUUUGGAAUACUACAGCCAGCUUGAUGGAGUGGUUUAUCGAAAGGCGAUGUUCAUCUUCCUGAGCAAUGCUGGUGGGGAAAAGAUAAAUGAUGUUGUGCUAGAUUUCUGGCAGCGUGGGAUGAAAAGGGAAGAUAUUAAAUGGACAGACUUGGAGACCAGUCUGUCCUUAGAAGUCUACAACAACAAAAAGAGUGGAUUCUGGCACACCCAUCUCAUUGACAAAAACCUAAUAGAUUAUUUUGUUCCUUUUCUGCCACUGGAGUACAAGCACGUUGUGUUGUGUGCAAAAGCUGAAUUGUACUCGAUGCAUUUUGAAGAUGUUGACCAAGUGGCCAUCAAAGUGGCGGAGGAGAUGGUAUACUUUCCAAAAGAUCAAAGAAUCUUUUCAGUCAAGGGCUGCAAAACCGUGGCUGCAAAAGUGAAUUAUUGGACGACCGCAGAUUCAGAAUUGUAGAACACUCCGUUUUUUAAAAAAAAAUCCCGAUGAUGCAUCAUGGUGAAGAACAGUAAUGAUAGAAUCCCUUUUUAUUUGGAGAAUUCCAGGCUGAACACUUUUUUAAUGUUUACAUAAAUGAAAGACUUGAUCCUGGAGGUUUCUGAAGUUUUGGACGUUUUGUGUGUGAAACAUUGUGUCUAUGACAAACAAGACUACAAAAUUGAAGCCAGUUAUUUGUGCAUUUUCAUAUUUGUAUAAACGGUGAACCUUUGCACUUGACAUUUGAUUGAAUGAAACUUGAGGGUUGCUAGCCAAAAACUAGCCUGUAUUUUAAGUACUUAAGAGGAAGUGAAAAUCAUAAUUAUAGCAACAUGCCAAGUCUGCAACAAAAACUCACUUAUGCUCUUUGAUCAUGCACUGAAACAGUGUGUAAUUCUUUUGAAAAAGAUACUUUAAUAGUUAACUGUGCUAGAGUGUGGAACAGACUGAGCACAGAUAUUCAGCAAAUAACAGCUGAGUGAUGGUCAUGUUUUAAUGUUGUAUGGGAAUAAUGUUUUGUUCAGACUUUUAGGAACCCUGUCUGCGCAUUGGGUUGUCUUCCGCUUUGGGGCAGUGUGCUUGUCUUUCACAGUUGCAUCUCAAGUCUAAUUUUUUUUUUCCUUUCAUCAUUUACAUGAUGAGGGCGUCAGUAGCUAGACAGCAUUUUUUGCCCAUCCCUAACUGCCCAGAGGGCAGUUGAGUCAACCACUUUGCUGUGGGUCUGGAGUCACAUGUAGGUCAGGAUGGCACUUUCCUUCCCUAAAGGGCAUUAGUGAACCAGAUGGGUUUUUCUGACAAUCGACCAUAGAUUCAGUCGUCAUUAGAUUCUUUAUUUCCAGAUAUUUACUGAAUUCAAAUUCUGCCAUUUGCCGUGGCGGGAUUGGAACCAGGUCCCCAGAAUGUUGUCUGGUCUCUGGAUUAACAGUCCGGCGAUAAAACCACUAGGCCAUCGUCUCCCCCUAAAUUUAGCACAUAUCAAUGGAUAAAUUCUGUCUUUCUCCCCAUCUCUCUGUCUCUGUUUUUCUACGUGUCUGUCUGUCAAUGUACUUUUCUCGUUCUGUCUCUCCCUGCCCAUCUGGCUUGCUUUUGCAUUUGUAAUUGUUGUGGUCAAUGUCUUUUGCCUUUUAGCUUAUGAAUAUUCUGAAAUGAACUUCGGCGACCAUAGUCUAGAUUCCAGUAGCUUUGAGUCCACAGCAAUUUUGCACUACUGAAUUUAUUCAAAUUACAUUUGAAUGAUGGGAAAUAGUUCCAAGGCGAGAGUGAAUCUUCUCCAAUGAUCACUAUAUAAAUUUUUUUUGCGCGUUUCUGCAAAAAAUUAAUUGUGGCCUAAUUUCACAAAUGCAUUUAAUUGGGAUGUGGAAUGAUGACACUGAAAUAAAUAGGUACAGGGGAUGUAAAAUCCACUGCUUUUUGGAGGAAAGUUCAUGUUUGCACACUUCUUAUCACCAUGUAAAUGGGAGCACUUGAUCUGACACAUUACAUGUAAUGUGGGAAGCUUAUUGGACUAACCUUGAAGUGUUUUUUAAGACAAUCUUGAUCUGUAUGUAAACACUAUUUCUUUGAUUAUAUUUCAGAACGAGUAACACUUUUGAUUCUGGCUUUACCAUUGUUAGGUACUUUUUUAUAACUUUGAAAUUUAUGAAAUUAUUAAUUCAAGUUUUUAUUUUUGAAGUUGAACAGCAAUGCAGUGCUAUUCUGACUGAGUUUUAUUUGCUACAUUUUAUAACUCAUUCAAGAAUUAUCUCCCUAUUUAUCAUCUCCAGGUACUUUCAGAUUGUGCUUCUUUUUGGUAUAAUUUGCAUGGGGGAAGCAGUGAGUAAUGUUAAUCAAUUUUAAAGUUAUUAUGAAGGUGGAGGAGGAAGAUUUAAAAGUUCCUUUUCUCUUUGAUUUUUGGAACAUGGGAUACUUUGUAAAAUAAACAGACAGAUGCAUGAAGUAUUUAGAAAGGCAUGGGCUAUUUCUUGCAAGAGGAUGAGUUCAUAAGUUGGUAUAUCUGACUGCAGUUACACAGAGCCUUGGUAAGACUGCACAUGGAGUAUUGUGCGGUUUUGUUUCCCUACCUAAGAGGAUAUACUCUCCAUAGAUGGAGUGUGGGCAGGGUUUGCUAGGCUGGUACUGUGAAUGACAGGACUGUCCUGUGAGAGAGAUUGGUUUGACUGAAUCUGCAUUUACGAGAGUUUAGAAGAAUGAGAGAGAAUCUGACUUAAGGUAUAAAAUAACCAGGCUGGACAGACUAAAUGAGGGAGGAUGUUUCUCCUGGUUGGGAUUGUAGAACCAGGGAUCGUGAUCUUGAGGGUUAGUCAUUUAGGUCAAAAUGAGGAACCAUUUCUUCACAUGGAGAUACUGGUCAACCCAUUAAACCUGUGGAGUAUAUUGAGAAAAGAUUUACAUUUUUUAAAUACUAAAUGUGGAGUGUGAAGAGGAAAGUAUGGCGUUGAAAUAGAGGAUUAGCCGUGAUCAUGUUGAAUGGCUAUGUUGUGGAGAUGCCAGUGUUUGACUAGAGGGGGCAGAGUCAAAAAUCACAUGACACCAUGUUAUCAUCCAUCAGAUUUGUUUAAAGAUCACAAGUUUUCAAAGUGCGACUCCAGGUGAGGGAGCAGUGCUUCAAAAGUCUGUGAUUUUAAAUACACCUUUUGAACUAUAACCUGGUGCCAUGUGACUUCUGAUAUUGAAUGGUGGAGCAGGUUCAAAUGGCUUCCUCCUGUUCAUAGUUUCUAUGCAGGCAUGCAGAAGCUAGUACAAAUUUGAGGAAAAAUGUCAGUAUUUCAGCAGAAGAAAAUAGAGCAAGGGGUGAGAAGAAGCUAUUGGAUUCUUUUUGAUUCCUCCAUCAAGGAGCUAACACGAAAAGGUCAGAUGUUCCGCUUAUGUGCGGCAAACCAGUAUUGAUAAAUUCUAAUUUAUGGUGGGGUGAAAAUAAAUUACGGAAGUACAAGGUGGGAUGGAUGAAUCAUCUAUGUAAUACUUAUAUUUUCAUGCUGAAAUAAAAUAAAAAUAUUUUGUAACCUUAA